AUGAGAGCUAAAUAUAUAAUUCAUGAUAAAGAGAGUCUUUAUGAGGAAGUUUAAAAUCUGAAAUAAGAAAACAAUCACUUAAAAUUAGCAUUGCGAUAGUUUUAAUCUAAAAAUUAAUAUUUCAAGAGAGAAGUGCAAUCCUUUUUAAAAGAAGAAAGUGCUCCUCAAAAGAAUAAUGUUAGAAUAAAGUAAGGGUUUUUGGAGAAAAUCACUAAACUGGAAGACUUGAACUUCAAAUUGCAACAAUAAUUAUAGGAAUAAGCAUCAUAUAUCAAUCAAUUGCAGAGUCCAUAAAGCAAAAACAACGUAGAAGGAUUGUGUAUGUCUCUUAGUGAAGACAAUAUGAGAAUGACGUAAUUAAUUUAGCAAUUGGAAUAGUCAGUUAUAUAAACACAAGUACUGAAAAUUUAUUAGAUUUAGAAUAAUUACAGUAAAAUGAACAUAAAAUAUAAUGCAAUCUUAAAUAAAUAUAAAUAAAUCAAGAAUCUCAAUGCAUAAUUACUAUUGGAAAUUGCAGAACUAAAGAAGAAAGAUACAUAUUUCCUUGAAAGACCACAACAGAAAGACAAUAAGAAGAUUGAAGAGCAAUUGCAGUUGGGUUAUGAUCAAGCCAUGGUUGAUUUGAGGAAUGAAAGAUAAAAGAACAAGUAUUUGGAAAACUAAAUGUAAAAACUGUAGGCAGAUCAUUAAGAAUAAAUAGAGAAUUUGGAAAAAAGGAUUGCUGAACAAAAGAGACAAUUUGAAACUUUGUAAAGAGAAUAUGAAUUAGAAAAACUAUAAAAAUACUAAUAAAAAAGGACUAUCCUUAUAAAAAACAAUGGGCCAUAACCUCCUGAAGAGUAGGGAUAAUUAUAAGAAGAAAUUGAAAUGUAAAAAAAGAAAUUUAUCAAUGUGGAUAAAAAUGAUAUUUUAGCUAUUGCAAGAUAAGUCAAAUUGAAUUUGAUUGGGUUGAAGAUUUCAAUUUAAUAAGUUGAAGAAUACCUAUUAACAGAUGAAAUUCUAACUCAAUAAUAGUUAAAGUAAAAUCUGUCAAAUAGAAUCUUUGGUUUAUCAUCAAAUGAAUAAGUAGAGAUGGCAGCCAUCUAUUUAGCCGAUGUUGAAAAUGAAACAGAAACAACGACUAGUGCUAGAGUAAGAAGUAUCUUUAAAACUUUGAUGGAAAACUAUUAGAUCUUAACUGUAGAAUAACUCAGUAAUAUCAAUCAAUAGAUAAUGAAGAAAAGGAAUGAGAUCUCAGACAUUAUAAUGAAGAAAUAUCCAGAAACUUAUACGAGUGGAUACAUCAAUAUUGAUGCUUAUUUGGAGAUACUCAAUUCGGUGGAAAUUUAAUUAAGCAAAAUAGAAAUUGAUCAUUUUUAUGCUUUAAUACAAAGGUAAAAUAGAUCAUCCAGAAUAUUUCUAUAAUAAAUUCACUCUCCCUUCGAUGUAAGUUAAGAAGAAGAGGAUUUAGAUGAUUAGCAAUAGAAUUUAAAUAUUGGAGAUGGGCAGCCAGAGAGUGUAAAAUUGUCACAUAGUGAAGUGUUAGUCGUAAAUAAUCAUAAGGAUUCUGACUUAGUUAAUUUGAUUGAAGAUGAUGAUGAUAAUAACAAUUAAAAGUCCAAUUAAAAGAAUGUGGAUAUUGACAUGGAGAAAGAGAAAGAAAAAGAGAAAGAAAAGGAGAUAGAGAACAAAGAAAAUGAAGAAUAACUUAAGCAAUCACAAAAAUUGGAAUUGUCAGUAGAAGAGAAGAACCCAUUCCAUGACCUGUAGCAUAUAGAAUCUGAGAUGAAAAUGAUUGAUUCGUAAGAAUUAAGAAAAUAAAGUUAACCUGAAUUAUAAUAAUUUUGA